AUGGCUCCUGGGUCAUCAGUUGGGAAAGUCACUGUCACAGAUCAAGGUAAAAAAUACAUUUUAUGAAAAUUUUUUUGAAACACUUUUAGCGCUGCAAUCAUAUAUUUACAAUUUUAAAUUUAGCAGUUGCAAGUGAUUUCAAAAUAUAGAUAUAAAGGCAAAUUAUAACAGAUUUAAAAAAAACAUAAUUUUAGUUAAAAUUUUUUAAGUUAUUACUAACUUUAGAAAAUAUCAGUAGGACUGUGACUAAAGUUAACUUCAGAUUAAAAGACACAGAAGGGGCCAUCCAUAAAUGAUGUCAUGCAAACUUUGCAGAUUUUUUAUCCCCCUCCCACAGUCAUCACAAAUCGUCACACAAAAAUAAACCCCCCUCAAAUAUAAAGUCACACAAUGCUGCACAUCCCCCACAAAAAAAUAAUACCGUUAAGAUUGAUAUUUCAGUUCAUCUAAUGUUUAAAAAUCUCUUUCAUUGUCAUUUUAGUAUGUAUUUAAGUUGGUCAAAUUUUAAUUUUGUUAAUAUAUAUUUGCUGGUCCGAUUGUCUUCUUAUUCUCACAAAUAAAAAAAAAUCAUUUUUUAAAAAUAAUUUUAAAUAAAUGAGGGGUGGUUUUCAGAUAUGAGACCAAGGUUUAAUUAUGCUUUCGGUUCUUAUCUAAAAUCAUUAGGCCUGUGUAGUUAUUUAGAGAAUUCACUCUGCCCACUACUGUUGUUUACAAACCCUAAAACAUAAUAUCCUAUUUAUAUCCAAUAACCAGCCAUUGCAUCUGUGUCAGAAACAUUUCCAUAGAACAGUAGUUCUUUAACAGGUUGCCCUGGGAAUUGAAUUUUGUUUGUGCAUUAUGUUUAAAUAGUUCAUUUUUUUCUCUUUUUUCUAGCAAGUUAUAUGAAGAAGGAAAACUACAAUAUCUUAAUAUUAACUAUUUUUAUAUUUUAAAAUUUUAUUACAAUACACAUUUUCAGAAGGGUGUGUGGGAAAUAUUUUAAAAUUGAGAGAUGCAGUGCUGCAAAAAGGUUAAGAGCCUAUAACUUCAACUUCAAUCGUUUCCCUCAUCACAAAUCGUCAUAAAUGUUUGACACACACUCACACACACACACUCAACAUCUGAUGUCAUUUAUGGAUGGCCCCCUAAGACAAAACUUGGCAUGGCAAUUUAAAAAAAUUGCAUUGUCAUCAGUUGCAAAACCUACAAAUUAAAAAAAAUUAAAAUAUUAAUCAAAAGCCACCAAAAACAGCAUUAUAAUAGUCAGUUAAGACAAAUUCAAUUUAAUCUCCACCUAACGUCAGCAUUUAAAAGGCAUGUAGAAGUCAUGAAGUAUAGAACUACACCAAUGGCAGUUAUAGUGUGCAUAUUCCCUGGUAGUUAUUGUUGAUUAAAAACAGAUAUAAAAGUUAAAGUAUGAUGAACAUUACAUUGUUUUAAAUUUGGUUUAAAAAAUUAUAAUUGUCUUUGUCACUAGACUCUGGCGCCAAUAGAGAGAUAACUCUGAGCUUAUUUGGAGGAAGUGGGCAACCCUAUUUUACAAUCAAUAAUGUUACUGGAGCAAUUCAAACAUUAGUUAGCAUUGAUUAUGAAUCAAUUCAGGUGAGUUUGGGUAUAUGAAAAAUUCAGUUUUCAAAAUAUGAUAAUAAGAUAAAAUUCUUUUAUGAUCCAAAUUAAUGGCAGUGUGUUUUGAUUACCUUGUACAUAUUAAUUUUUAGCAUACAAAUAAAAAACUGGGUAAGAUAACAAUUUUUAAACUACACCAAUUUAUAUAAAACAUUGAAAGUAUUUCUCAUAUGCAAUGAUCGGCCGUCAUGUAUCAUAAAACCUCAAUUCCAUAAUGACAAUAUUGACUUUAAGAGUAAUUAUUUAAUUUUAUAAUAGCUGAGGAAGCCUGAUUUAAAUAACUGAUAAUGUUACAAUUAUUUCAAUAUUAAUCAUUACUCAAAAAGAAUGAUUUAAGGGAAGAUAAAUCCUUUUUGUAAUUAUUCGAGGGAAAUGUUUUCCAUGGUCAACAUUUCAGAACUGUUAUUCAAAAACUGGUACCACUGCCCUUAGGGAACCACUGUACUUUAAAUAUGUUAAAGAUCCAUUUUUUAAAUUGUAAUAGUACUGAAAUGUACGCAAAGUUACAUAAGUCUUAAUAAUAAAAUUUUAAUUUCCAAAAAUUGCUAAGAAAACAUUUGCACUUACACUUAGAGAAAGUAAACUUUUGAACAUACUUUAAAUAAUAUUUAAAGAAUCUCAUUUUUUAAUUUUUUUUCCACCUAGGUUUUGUACCUGUCUGUAAAAGCCAUGGAUGGAGGGACACCAUCUCUCUCCUCAAACUGCCUGGUCAGAGUUGACAUCAAUAACUUGAAUGACAACCCGCCUGUCAUCACACCCCCUGACUUGACUGUGUCUGUAGCUGAGAAUGCCAGUGUUGGCUAUGUGGUUUACAUGUACACAGCUACAGACCUAGACAACAGUGUUGACUUGUACACCCUUGUAGGGCUGAAUAACAAUUUUGAGGUUAGUCUGCAAGAUUAACACAACUUACAUUCAUCAAAAACAACAAAAUUCAACAUUUGUACUAAGUCAGUUUUUGACUUAUAUUUUUAGCAAUGUUGGGAAGAUACAGCUGACAGUUUUAUAUAUAUUCUAGUUUUAUAAACUAAAGAAAUUCAGGUCUUGAGGACUAUAGCCUUUUAUUGGUUCUUAGAGUGCUGUAUAAAAAAAGGAGUGGUAAGAAGUGAAUCCUAAGAAAAAUUUACACGAAAUAGGAUCUGAAGAAAACUAUCUUGAGAAAAAAAGUUCAAUAUCUGAAAAGAUACUCAUAGUAGUACAUGUUAACAAUGUCAUGAAUUACAUAUGAAUUACACAGCUAACAAUAAACAGGUUAAAUGACUCUGAAAUUACAGGUUAUGACAAAAUAUACUUAAUUAACACUAAAGAUGCAUGAAGACUAUGAUUAAAAUUAUAAUUUUGUAAUAAUGUUUAAUUAUAAAAAAAACUUGUAGCAGGCUUUGACUUGUAGCACGUACACCAUCUACAUUUAGAAUCAGUGUGAGAUGUAAGGCUAACAUACAGGUCUAUAAAUCAUUACUGUACUGCCAUCCAUGUACGAUACUAUAUAAGCUGCACCCAGGACAUUUACUACAAUGGUAUUAAAUUAUAACAACCGUUAUUUUGAUACUUGUAUCUUUUAAGGCAGAAGUGAAUUGCCGAAUGUCUAAUUAUUUAAUACAGCCUUAAUAACACAUGUACCAUUUCCUAUAUGAAAAUUUAGCACAUGGCAGGAUAGUAACUAUAUUUGUUUUACGUAUAUUUGCUGGGUGGAUAAUGUUGUAUCAAUCGCUUGUAAACAAAUUGCAGUAUUUGUAACUAGAAUUGAUAUAACAGUUAGUAUUAUGCUCACAUACACGCUGGUAUCUAAUUCCAUUUAAUAAUUCAGUGGACGGUUGUAUGUUCAACCAUCACAAUAUCAUGGUUGCAAAUCAAAUUGAUGGAGCUAACAAGUGAUUAAAACACUGCCUAAUGUAUGUAAUGAACAGAAGUCUUCCAUUAAAAACACGUAACAGUUGCAUUCUAGAAACACAAAAAUAUAAAGGUGUAUUUGCUUAUACUUACAAAGCGGCCGGUGAACAAUGGUGCACUAUAAAUAGGGUCACUCAAACAUACCAGAGAGCAAUUACAUAACACAUUGACCACUCUUUCUUGACUUUUUGGCAGAUUUGCAGUAAAUAGACAAUAUCUAGAAUUUUCAACCCAAAUAAAAAUCCUGGACCAAAACCCUGAAGAAUUGUAUGUGUCUGUUCAUAUUUAGUCUCGGCUAUCUAAGAUACACUUUUAUAUUUAUAUAUCUUUUAUGGUUUUUUAAAAAUUUUAAAUAAAAGGGGUAGGAGCCCCCCCCCCCCCCCCGUGUGGAAACUCUAUUAAUUACUUAAUAUUACAAUAUCCUCUAAAGAUGUAGACUUGCAAAUGAACUAAGGUAUACAGAAUUGUCCGACAAGAUUUAAUUUAUAGCCUUAAUACCCUAGUUCUCGAAAAAUAAAUUAUUGAACCUAUACAAAAAAGCUUAAAUAGGAUUCCCUAAUAUCUAAGCCUGGCAUAAUGGUGGAGAGAGAAACUGUGUAUGCAUUGGUGUUGGAGCCUAAUCCUAGGUCAAAGUCCCUGACUGUGUUGGGUGGUAAAUUCUGUUUCAUAAAAGCGUGGCAUACAAUGCCACAUAUCAAUAAAACUUGACACAGUUUUCAAUGGAUGAAAUGGAGUGGCAUCAGCCUGCUUGGAGGUGGAAAUUAUUCAAGUGCAACACACAUGUGAUGUUAAGUACCCAGAGGAAGGAAAAGCUUAGUAAGUAAAGCUGUCCAAAAAUUACGUACUUACUCUUACUACUACAUACUGGCACUAGCCCUUAACCUGGUGCAGUAAUUUUUACACUGAGCCCGGGUAUUUUGAAAAAUUCAUGGUGGGUCAAAGUGUUACAAAAAUAGAGUUUACUCCUGAUUUUCUAUAAUAAGCAAUGAAAUCUAUUGCCCUGUCUUAGUGAGAGUGCAUUGCCUCCAAGAAGUAACCCACUGAUAGGAACAGGCAGUUGCCGGAUCCUGGAUUAGAGAUGACGUUGUCAAAAAAAAAAACUGAUGACAGAGAAGAUACUGUCAUUCAUUUUAUAACAAAGACUAAUGAAACAACAGUAGCAGUAUAACAAAGAUAGCAACCUAUUUACCGGAGUCAGAUUUUAUGCCUAAAGCUCACUGUGAGACAGAGGAGCACUAACAAUAACAUCACAGAGUAAUAAUAAUUGCCUCUUUUUCUUCUAUUUUUUGAGAGCCUACGAUCAAUGUUUUGGUCUCUCUGGACACAGAGUUCAGACACAUCACACAUGAGACUCGCUGCAUAAAGCCUUUUUCUUUCUCACUCAGUACUAUUUGUAUAAAAUAUGUGGAAUGGGCGGGGGGCGGGGGCAGGCGCAGUUUUGAAGAAGCAGGAUGCACCAAAAGAGCAAAAUAUAUAAGAUUAUUGAAAAUAUUUUAAUUUACUCUAACUGGCCAGGUUUUUAACCUGAUACUUUCCAGGAAGUGGUGUGUCUCACAUACAUAAGGCCAAGCUGGAAAUAAUUGAACUUGUUUCAAUAUUUUGUUAUUGUGAGAUAAAAUAUAUUUACUUGCUUCAUUCACAGCUAAAUAGCACAACAGGAGCCAUUACCGUCAAGUCUGAACUAGAUCGAGAGUUGAUUAACAGGUAAGUGAAGUAGAUAAUAUUCUUUUACCUAAAAAAUGAUCUCUAAACUACUCAUUAUUCCUCUGUUAUAACUCAAAUUUAUCGGUUACCGAAAAUUUGAUAGAAAGAAAUUUCAUAUGUAUAUGGAAAAUUGAUCAAACGGAAAUUCGGUAGAAACUUUUUUUCAGUUCACACGUUAAAAUUGUCAAAUUUCUUUUUGAACGCACUAUACUAUAUAGUAAAACAUAAUGCGUUCAAAAAGAAAUUUGAAGCAAAAUUUUCAUGUGUGAACUGAAAAAAGUUGUGACCAACCUUCCGUUUGAUCAAAUUUCUGCCGAUCAAUUUUCUGUCUACAAAUCUUCUUUCAAUCAAAUUUCGGGAUAUGAAAUUUAUCCCCACUGAAUAACAGAGAAACAUCUAUUAAAAUGAUUUGGUCAAAGAAUUUCUAAUUUUUCUUUUUAAACUUCUAGAACCAUUUUGGAAGUGCGUGUGAUUGAUCGACCAACAUCUGCUGAUGCCACAAGUCAAUCUGCUACUGCCACAUUGACAAUUAUGAUAGGAGACAUCAACGACAAUCCUCCCACUAUCACUG